GCCGACGCCAGCGCCAGUGCCCGGCUGAGGCCGGCGCGGGUCCUGGCGGGAACAUGGAGGCGCUGCUGCGGCGGGAGCUGGGCUACGGCGCGGUCCGGGCCACUGGCCACUCGGGGGGCGGCUGCAUCAGCCAGGGCCAGAGUUACGACACGGACAGAGGACGAGUGUUCGUGAAAGUGAACUCCCAGGCGGAGGCCAGAAGGAUGUUUGAAGGUGAAAUGGCCAGCCUGACUGCCAUCCUGAACACGGGCACUGUGAAAGUGCCCCAGCCCAUCAAGGUCCUGGACGCCCCGGGGGGCGGCAGCGUGCUUGUCAUGGAGCACGUGGACAUGCAGCCUCUGAGCAGUCAUGCUGCGAAGCUUGGAUCCCAGCUGGCAGAUCUACACCUUGACAAUAAGAAGCUUGGAGAGAUGGUCGUGAAGGAGGCUGGCACCGUGGGGCGGGGAAGCGGGCAUGCAGAGCGGCCCUUCGUGGACCACUUUGGAUUUGAUGUGGUCACUUGUUGUGGAUACCUCCCGCAGGUGAAUGACUGGCAGAAGGACUGGGUCAUGUUCUUCACCCAGCAGCGCAUUCAGCCCCAGAUGGACAUGGUGGAGAAGGGCUCUGGGGACAGGCAGGCUCUGGAGCUCUGGUCUGCUCUGCAGCUGAAGAUCCCAGAACUGUUCCGGGGCCUGGAGAUCGUCCCGGCCUUGCUGCACGGGGACCUCUGGGGCGGCAAUGUGGCCGAGAACUCCUCCGGGCCCGUCAUCUUUGAUCCGGCUUCUUUCUACGGCCACUCGGAGUAUGAGCUGGCGAUAGCUGGAAUGUUCGGGGGCUUCAGCAGCGCCUUCUACUCUGCCUACCAUAGCAAGGUCCCCAAGGCCCCAGGCUUUGAGAGGCGCCUCCAGCUGUACCAGCUCUUCCACUACUUGAACCACUGGAAUCAUUUUGGGUCGGGGUACAGGGGCUCCUCCCUCAACAUCAUGAGGAAUCUCAUCAAGUGAGCUGCCGCCCUCAAGGGGAGCCCAGUCCUCCCAGAGCGCCCUGG